AAAAAAGAGCAGAAAUUGAGAAUGAUGAUGAGAACGGAUAUGAUGAAGGUGGAAUACCAUUGAGUGAUCCAGACGUUUGUGCUACCCUCAUGGAAAUCUACAUGGCCGAAGAAAUUAAAGAAAUCCUUAGGGAUGACACGACACGACAGAUUACCUAUGAAGAUUUAGAUAAAUUCACAUACCUUAAUGCCAUUAUUAAAGAAUCUCAACGAGUCAUUUCACUUGCUCCAUUUACAUUACGUAAAGUGAUCUUGGUGGAAAGAUCUGACCAUAAAAUUGUCAAGAACACUUACAGUCCUUUCGGAGGUCUAUAA